GCUAUGUUUUGAAUCCAUGUGACAAGGUGUGUAUAAUCACUACUAGUGUGUUAAUAAUACAAUAACAGCUCAAAUAAUGUCUUGCCCUCCAUGCACUUCCCGCCAAAUUUUCCUCCCAUUUUGAUUGGCUGAGCAUUGUUGUAUCUGCGCGUUGAUUGGCUGGGUGGGACACCAGUCACUGACCGCUUCGACGCCCAUUGGCGAAUGUUAACCAAAGGCUGAAAUCGUAUUGUGGAUUCCUAUUGGCUAGUCGAUCUUGUGUGCUGUUUCCUGAUUGGUCACGCAAUAGCCGUGUACGUGCAGCCGUCGCCUGACCAUCUUUGCGCUUCACCAUUGGAUCCGCUGUGUACCUGCUCCGACUCCCGAUUGGUCACCUUCGACGAAUCAUUUUGCAGCUUCCCUCCCAUUGGCUGGUACCGCCUCCUCGCUCGUUCCUAAUUGGUCGUUUCCAAACGCCCGGUAUCCGGGUAAGAUGGCGGUGGUAGAACAGUGCUCGCUCUCUGCUGAAUGGCGUCCGGUUUCUCUUACUCACGUAGAAUAUCCCGCAGGUGAGAACAUGUCUUUCCUUCGCUAUCGCUUUUAGCCUCCCGGGGUCUCUCCCAAAUUCAAAUAGGAAUUGGAGAGGGCAAGCGGCGAUGCAAAAUAGUGGUCCUAUCCUAUGGUGUAAUGGGCUGUGCGCAUGCGCAGUAAUUGCCUGUCAUCCUGCCAGAUAGUGUGCUACCCAUUGCGCAUGCGCAGUAAUAGCCUGUCACCCUGCCAGUUAGUGAGCUACCCAGUGCGCAUGCGCGGUAAUAGCUUGUCACCCUACCAGUUAGUGAGCUACCCAUUGCGCAUGCGUGAUGUGUCUGCAUUAACAGACAUACCUGAGCUUCCUUGUAUGGGAUGGAGAGAUAGUUACUUGUGUCUUUUUUUUUAAUUUUCUAUCUUGUCCCUUCCUUUUCUCUCUCUUAUUAUUUUUGAUUUAUCCAACUCAUUCUAUCACUUUAUUAUUAUCACAUUGUUAUUAUUGUUAUUAUUUACCAGCUCCACCAUGUUCCCCUGGAUAUAUUUUGCCUGAUGGUGAGGGGCAUCAGAUGGAGAGCCUUUUGUUCAGUAGUAAGCUUUCAUAAUACAGUUGGGAAACCAGUUGAUUCAUCAAGCAGUUCCUUUUGGGAUUACCUCUAUGAAAAAUACAUUGAUUUUAAAAAAAAAAAUAAAAAAAAUUUUUUUUGGUUUUUUUUUUUGUUAGCAUGUAAACUGUAUCUACUGCGUGGUGAUCAGUGUACAUUGAAAUGUAGUGCUGAAUGGCUUGCUAAAGCAAAAUAUGGCUGCGAUCAUGCGGGAUAUGACAACCCUAAAUGCAGGUUUAUCAAAUGUCUGUAUCUUCAGAAACGUUAGCUGAGCAUGAAUCAUCUUAAGUAUGAUAAUCUUAAAGCGGAACUAUCUUUUUUUCUUUUUUUUCCCUUUAAGUUCUGUUUUCAUGCACUUUGUAUUUUAAUAAUUAUUACUGUGCCACUUGCUAUAUAUAUAUAUAUCUCUAUCUAUCCACAUGGGCCCAGCAGUCUCUCACGGUCUUGUGCUUACUUCAGCUAAAAUGUACAUAAUCCAAAAAAAGUGCACUCACAGGGCUCUGUAGAUGAUUUUUCAAUUCUUUUAUUGUACAAUAUAGAUACACCACAUUCGUGUCAACGUUUCAGUCUUCUGUGGGACCUUAUACUUGGAUUAUAUAUUAUAAAUAUUUACUUAUUUUUUACCUUCCUGGCAGCACUAUUUUCUCUGUUUGUGUUAUCUGUAGUUUUGCCUUCUGUCAGAUGCUUUGGAUGGAUGACGUGUGGGUAAAUUAUUUUGGCAAAUUAAACAGAACCUUGAUUAAAGGGACACUAUACCCGAUAGAACCGCUACAGCUUAAUGUAGAGGUUCUGGAUCAUAUAACCUGUCCCUGCGAGGUACACCAAAUUUGUGUCAACUUUUCAGUCCUCUAAUGGACCUUUUUUGUCUUGAAAAGGUCCCAUUUUUGAAACUGGAUAAGGAAAUCAGCAUUCAGGAGCCGUUCUCCGUAUAACUCUGUAUUCAUGAAAAAGAGUAAAGAGCUGAUAUCAGAAAAAUAGCUUAAAUCUCUGAUACUCUACAGCAGGGGUAGGCAACCUUUGGCACUCCAGAUAUUAUGGACUACAUUUUCCAUAGUGCUCUUACUCCAGAAUACUGGUAAAGCAUCAUAGGAAAUGUAGUCCAAAACAUCUGGAGCGCCAAAGGUUGCCUAUUACUGCUCUACAGUCUGUGUUCUGAGCUUGCAACAGUUUUCAUUAAAAGCAUCUGGUGCGGAACCUUAAUCAAAGGGCAGUCUGGCCAAAGCUCCGAGACCAAUGGAAAAUCUCAAGGCGGUUAUGAAGAUUUGAUUGAUUUUACCACUGUGCAAAAACAUUUCCCUGGUUUCACUGUUUGCCAGUUAGGUUCCGUGGAUUUUCUAGAGCGUGACGCCUCUUCAUAUGCAGAGGCCAAGCUCCUAAUCCUGGAAGAAAUGUUCCUCAUCUUCAGAGCUGGCAUACAGAGUCCAAUCCUUGCCCUUGGCCAGUUUGGAUGUUUUGAGUGAACAGAUUACAUCUUUAAUACCAUUAGCAACUGCCUGUUGGUUAUAAUCCAUCUGAAAAAGGCAAAAGAAACCAGCUGCAGCUUGAAUACAAAAUUCGCAUAGUUGUCUGCCUUUUUUAAAGUCCUUUUCUUGCAUGAUUAAUAAGGAUUAUUCUAGUUGGUUCUUUUCUCAUUCUGUGCUUUGACUGAGCAGUAGGAACCACAAUUCUGUGGGCUAAAAAGCACAACUUCAUAAAGAGCUGGAUGCACUAUUUUCUUUUUGAAAACCAGGAAUAAUGCACAGCGCAUCACAUCUGUUUAGCUCAAGGAUUUAUAAUCUUGGGCAGAACCACAAUGUCUAAGUCUGUCUGAGAUCAGGCGUUACACUCCAGAGUGGCAACUGGGGCUAUUUCAUUUAGCUUGUUCCUGCACUGAGUUUAUGACAGCAGCUGCAAUAACUGCCACCCAGGAUGGCAACUUCCUCUGGUAUCACAAAUAAUUUGUAGCAGAGAUUAUGGAGAUGACACCAUAAACACCGCUGUUUAGAUUGGCCUCUCUCCUCCAAUGUCUUAAACUAGUAUAAGAUGCAACAGUGAUGGUUGGAUGAGUUCAGUGCAAAAUAGCUAAAUUGUGUGAUGAUUUCCCCCCUUUUUUUUUAUUUUAUUUUUUUAAGUAGUGAUAUUUUAAAAUUGUUUGUUUUCAUUAUGUGUUCUUAACUGAUCCCAUCUUCGUUUUUAUUAACACUUAAUUUUUUGUUAUUACAGGUGAUGUUUACGGGCAGCUCUUGGCAUACCUCAGCCUAGGACCAGUGUUCAUACUCAUUAGUUUUGGAACGCUAAUCAUAUUUAAGAGAGAGCUUCAUACAGUAAGACCCCAGUAUUUUGUACCAACACUAGCAGUUGCAUUUGUGUUUUUAGGCACUAUGCACAAGACCUUCCUGUUUUAUUAUUGUUUCUAUUUUCAGAUUUCUUUUCUCUGUGGACUGCUACUCAAUGAAGGAGUAAACUGGCUGAUAAAGAACAUAAUUAGGGAGCCACGGCCAUGUGAAGGUAUUAAGGAUAGUUGAAGUUCAGCCAUGUAUAUGAAUUCAAGUUGCGUUUAAAUCCUAAUGCCCGAAAGUUCUUUCUACUUCAAGGGAUGGUAGGAGAAUAAAUGUCUUGAGCAAGUCACUUUGUUGUGGUGUGUUUGUUUUUUUUUUUUUAUAUAUUUGUUAUUCUAUAAUGACAUAUAAUAGACUGUUUUUGUCUGGCAAUAAAAUAGCAUGUACAUUUAGAGAUGCAUGCCAUUUUAUCUUGAACUAGAGCCUUCAUGCUUCAGAGAUUGUUUGAGUAAUCUCCCUUCCAGUGGAACAAAAUGCAAUGUUUACAGCUUAGGGAUAACUCGACUGGCCACUCCUCAGGUGGCUAUUGAGGUGCGUCCUGGGGCAGUGCGGCACAAUGUGCAGUACUGCCAUUGUCUCCACCCUCUGCAUGGAGACAAUGACAUUUCCUGAUAGAGAUGCAUUGAUUCAAUCAAUCUCUAUGAGGAGUGUGUUUGUGUUUGGGACUCUGCCCCGAUCUGCCUCGUUGUGAAAGCAAUUUAUUGCUGAAUUAUGGCCAAGUUUAAUGUUUUUUUAAAUGUAUUUUUACAAAUAUGUGGGGGGGGGGUAAAGCUAAUUAGGAAACAAUUUAACUUAAAACACUACUUUUUAAAGUUGGCAUUCCUUUUAAUAAUAACCAUAUUUGAUUGUGAGUUGUUGCCUCCUAGAGUAUAUUUUUAUAUGUAAAUGUUAUUGCAUUGGAAUUUAACAUUGAUUACCACCUGAAUGACCGUCUUUUGCUGUCUAAUGAAUCCUAAUUUUUUGUGGAUUUUUUUGUUUGGUUAUUUUUCCCAGGAACCCACGCAACAGUCACCACAGAAUAUGGGUUACCUUCCAGCCAUUCUCAGUUCAUUUGGUUUUUCUCCGUGUAUUCCUUCCUCUUCUUAUAUUUAAGGUGAGUCACUAAUAUUAAUGUGUUUAUGAAUGUAUGUCAGCCAAAAUGGACUAGCCUAUUGGCUAGUUAAUUGUAAAGCUGAAAAGUUGCGUCUCUGAGACAAUUGUCAAUUCCAUAUCCCUGUCAUUGCUCUUGAAGCUCUUGUCAAUUGUGCAGCGAAAGGUAAAAUAAAAACACUAUUCUCUGUGGCGUAUCUGUGCCCAGGGCAACAUCAUCAACUCAGUAUACUAUAGUGCCAUUUGUCCAUGCAUACCGCAUGUUAGGUGUAAAAUUAAAUGGCUGGUAUUCUCUGGCUGUUCCAGGACCGCCAAACAUACAAUGGUGUAUAUAUGUAUAAUAUAUAUAUAUAUAAAUAUAUAUAUAUAUAUAUAUAUAUAUAUAUAUAUAUAUAUAUAUAUAUAUAUAUAUAUAUAUAUAUAUAUAUAUAUAUAUAUAUAUAUAUUAUAGAAAGACAAGAUUAGUGUACUGCACCCCUAGACAGGGAUGCGAUUCCUCUUAAAUCGUUAGCACACACUUCAAGUAUCAAUUCUCAGGACAAACCGUGAUGUUUUGGGGUGUUUUGUUAUUGUGGCAAUAUUUCAAAAAAUGUAUUUUAAAAAAAUCACUUUUGAAAGGUUUAGAACUUUUUUUCUAAAAUUAAUGAACAAACAUUUGCCGAGAACCCCCACCUCAAAUGUGACUAUUGCACAUUAAAAAUCAAUACAAUUUGUCUAUUCGCUAAACAGUGGGUAAUGGUGAAACGGCUUGCUUAAUUAGCAACAAAAUAACAGACUUGGGGGGGGGAAAAAACUUACUGAACUUGCCUGUCCCUUUAAUUUUUUUAAUUUUAGGAUGCACCAAACAAACAACGCACGUUUCCUUGAUCUGCUCUGGCGACACAUCCUCUCUUUGUGCUUGCUAACGGCCGCCUGUUUAGUCUCAUAUAGUAGGUAUGCACCAUCCUGUAGCAUGUUCUCCUGUAUUUGAGCCAGUGCUAAACGACUGCACUAUGCUGUCUGAAAAUCUGCUAAUGUCUGCUACUUCCCUUGUAGAGUGUAUCUGCUGUAUCACAGCUGGAGUCAGGUAGUGUACGGCGCAUUGGCUGGGAGUAUACUGGCCAUUGGCUGGUUUGUCAUCACACAGGAAAUCCUAACUCCACUGUUCCCCCGAAUUGCAUCCUGGUGAGUUGAACUUGUUAACAUUAAAGACAGUGUUAUAUUUUAAUAAUUGUUAACAAUUCUCAAACUGUAGAAAAAUGAAAACAUUCACAUGAGUUUACACAGGUUUGGAUUGGUAUCUAGUUUGCGUUUUGUUUUACAAUCAAGUAAAUAAGUGGUUACUAGUUAACCUGAACAAUUUUUAACAGUCGUGGAAAGUUUUGGGAGCAUAGAAUAAGGUUAUUUACCAAGGUGAUAAUUCAAUUUGAAUUCAUAGUAAAAUUUCACAUUAAAGUCAAAAUAUCCAAAUAUUGGGAGAAUUUUCUAAGUCCGUUAUGUUUCCAGUUCAGUUCCUCUGGAAUUACAUUUCUAAAUUCACUUUGAAUUCUCACUUUUUAGUAAAUAACCCUGUAAGUCACAUAUCUGGCAGGAUUUGAGGGAGUUUUUCUAGACUCGAAAUCACCAAAUAAAUACUAAAGAAAUAAUCACUAAGUGCUACAGGUUUAGAUGGUAUGAAAAAAUUAAAAAACAAGGAGACCCACUCCCAAUUCAUUUUGGCCAAUAAAAAUAAAAUAAAAACUAUAAAAUAUAAUGGUAAGCUGCACUAUAAAUACCAGAGACACAAAUUAAAGAAGUUAAAUAAAAAAGUGCACAGCACUAUAUACACACAUUUAUAAUCACAUGGGCAUUAAAAAUAGAAUUCAAAAUACCAUCCAAUACAGUGCUGUCUGUGUUUGAAUAACCUGUACGUGGUAUACAUGAAGUAUACCUGCUUUAUGACCCUUCCAAAUAACUGUAAUGGCGCAAAUGUUCCCUUGCCCCCAUUAUAAAACAAUUGGGCAGGUUUUUAUUAAGCAAGUUGCAUAUGUUUUGGUUUUUCUUCCAGGCCAGUCUCAGAAUUCUUCCUCAUCCGUGAUACCAGUCUAAUACCCAAUAUCUUAUGGUUUGAAUACACAGUCACUCGGGGAGAAGCCAGGUAAUGUUAAGAAUGAUUCUAAAUCUUAUACUUGGGAUUGAAUUAUUGCUUCCUUUUCAGCCUGCUUUUUACAGACUUUUAUUUUUAAAUUGUUGUACAGUAUAAAGCGAAGUACACUCAUUAAGAUUGAUUUAUUUUUUAUUUAUUUUUUUCUCUCGCCUCUUUAAGCUGGCUUCAUGCUAGUACUUGCACCAGUAGGUUAUUGAAAGGACACCAUACCCAGCACAGAUCACUGCAGUGCUUAUAGUUCUGUAAGUCUGUGGGUGCUACACUGCAGUUUGUUGACAAUAACUAGAGCUCUCAAUGGCACCCAUAGCCCACCUUCUCUCUUGUGGCUCAGUCAAUACAAAUCUGACUUCUAUAUUGGCUUGUCCAACAUUGGAUAGCCAAGGUAGGCUGGGGGUGUGUUAGUUCAGUCCUUUUAGCCUGUCUUGGGCUAGUGUUGAAGUUAGUCAAGCCACAGUAGAGGGAAACCUGGUCGUUUUUUUUUUUUUUUAAAUGUAAAAUUGGGGGUGUAUAGACUUCACUAUAACAGUUUACACCUGUAUUCAAGCAGUGAAAUCAUUAACCAUGUGCACUGUAGCUUUUAGUGUGUUUUUUUGUGAUUAGCUGUAUUAGUCCAGUAGACAAAAUACCAGAGUAUUGCAGUAUGCAAUGAUACCUUUUUUUUAAUUGGACUAAUAUAAUAUUUCAAAAACAAGCUUUUGAGAGCUUAUUCUCCAAAAUACCAGAGUUUGUAUAUAAAAAAUUUUUUUUUUUUGUAUUCCAUUACAGAAACAGACAACGAAAACAUGGUACGAAGCUUCAGUGAGUCCCAGACAAGCAAACUGACAGGGUGGGAUAUGACCUUUAGGAUUUACCAAAAUCACAGCAUCCGAAAGGAACUGAAGCCAGUACAACUCAUGGCGUAGUGAGGAACAUACAAACUGACGGACCAAAAUAAUUGAGAGAGAGCAAGGCCUUUGCUGGAUUCACAACGUCUCUAUGGCUUGCUCACAGCUCUCCUCUGCAUGUCAGGCCCGAGAGCUCAUGCUCUGAAAUGCACGCUAUCCAAUGAACUUUCUCCUAUCACUCCACUCAGGAGACAGAAGAAAGCAAAAGCAAGCUGAGGGAUUUAUAAUUUCUGCUUCCAGGAGAUGAUCAAACAAAAUGUAUAUUCCCUAACACCCCCUUUUUUAUAGCAUGGAUAUCCACCUCCUCUUUUAUUUAUUCAAUCUUUUUUUAAACGCCUUCCCAAGUAAUUGAUGCCUAAUCGGUUGGGAUAGAAAAUGCUGUGAAUAUCUAGCUCUCUAUAUAUAUAAUUUUUUUUUCUUGGCCUAACCUUUAGGAAACGUCUCCUGCUGUUUUGAAUCUAUUCUUCCCGUGCCCUUAAUUAUCUAGAAUAAAGCGCCUGUAUUAUGAAAAUGUGCUUUCAAAUGGCUGCCUAAGCGCACCAACUAUGCUCCCGCAGGUGCCUCUUGCUGACCGAAUGAGGGCUGGUAAGCUUAAAGCAAAUCUUUUUGCACUUUGUUCAAGAUUUCGAGAAAGGACUAACCCUUUUAAACACUAGUGAUUUAUUCCUUUUUUUUUUCCUCCUCUUGUGGAAACCGUGAAACCGAGUGGAAGGUGGGAUUUUGGUUUUGUUACUUGUUGACAUUUAACAUUGUUUACCCCCCUUUUUUGUUUUCUGCAGCAGUGAAUGAACUGAAUUCUCCCCUGCGGCUUACCUUGGAUCUUACAGUGAUGUCUCAGUAAACCCAUUUGGUGCUGACCCUUGUAGUAAUGUCCAUUAGGUUAAGUCAAUCCCACUUUGCAUGACUUCCUUGCCACAAAGCAGACCCGUGUGUAUCCUCCUUCCUCAGUCUGUUUUAAAACUGCUGCUACCUAACUUUUUAUCUGUAGUGGGUGGUAAAUAAAAACUAUGAAAGCCAGAUUGUUUGAUAAUCUUAAUGCAUAGAAAUUAUCCAGUUUCUUUGUAAGAUUCAACCUGUAAUGUGACUGGAACAAUCUGUUUUAAUUGGCAAAUGUGGUAGUAACAUUUUGCCUCAAAUUACUGUCUCUGCAGAUAAUGUGCUUUUCAAGAAUUUUAAAUCCUACUAUUAACACAGAGGGUGUAUGCAUAAAUGAGAAUUUGAUCGCCUACUUUAAAAUAACGCGUAUCCUGCAUUAUUAUUAUUAUUUUUUUUUUUUAAUAAAGUGACAUUCCAAUUUAACCUGUUGAUGUCAAGAGUGGUGCAUAUUCUGUUUCUCAUCCCACUGGCAAUAAAUGCAGCUAUCCAUUUGCAAAAGAGCUUAUUUCAGAAUUUUUUUUUUUUUUUAGUUUUUCCUACAUAGAGGAGAAUGUUAUGUAUUUGUUUAAUGCUUUCCUGCAGAGAGAGAGGGGAAAAUCCAAAACCUCACCACUUUAAUUUGUCUAUAUUCAUAUCUCAUUGCAAUAUUGUUUGCAGGAAUGCAUUAUUUAUUUUAGUUCUUUACAGUUUUAUAUAUUUCUGGGUUGGAAGACCUCUUAAAUGGCAGUCUAAGUCGUGCUGCUUAGUGUUAGUUGAUUGAGCAGUUUGAUGAAAAAUCCAGCUGCAGGGGAAAAAAAAAGAAAGCAAAACGAAUACUCUCCAAACAUUAACCAUGAGGCCGAAGGUCAGGUGGAUUAUAAAUGUCUCCAGGAUCCCAAGAUGGCAUUUUCCCCACCAUUAUACAUUCUUCUUAACUGUUUAUAAUGUUAACUGAUAUUUUAGAAUGGGUUGUGCUUAGGUAGUGUAAAGGAAUUUUUGCACACAUCAAAGUGAUGCAUGAGUUACAGCUUUUUCAGCUGCUGUCAAUAUGACAGGAAGUGAUACUCAGAGUACCUGCUUAUAAUUUCAGACAAACUGUAAGUGUGCUUAACAAGGUACACAUGAUACAUGUAAACUUGGAAUAAACUAAAUCUGUAUACAGUGUGCUAGCAGAACUGGUAAUUGUUCUCACCCACUAAAGAACGUUACACUUUGGUAUGAUUAUGACUUAGUGUGGGCUUCUACAUUAUCAUAACAGAUCGAUCACAGGUGGUGUGAAGCAGGUAAGUGUAAAACCAUUAUUAAAUAGUUUGAUAGGUCACCAGGGGACUCCUGCAUGAUAACCAAAAUAGCAUGCUAUAGUGGUUAUAAGGCUUAGUGUUCCUUUAAAAGUACUACCUAGUGAUUUGUUUUUGGAGCACACUUUACGUACAUUUAAAUCUUGUCUAAUGGAGGUGAUGAGACUAAUUUUUUUUUAUUUUUUUUUCAUUUAUAUAUCGUGUUAAAAAUAAGUGUCAAAGAUUGGGUGUGCAAAUGAUUACAGCUUACAUGUAAAACGUUCUUAUAAUCACAACUUUUAGUGAAGAUUUUAAAUGUUUUCAAAGUUACAUUCAAAGCCGAUUUAAAGCAAAACAAUUCACCCAUAACCUGCUUGUUAAAAAAAAAAACAAAAAAAAAACUGGGAUUUACAAAUAAUUAAGAGUGUUCAUGAACCCAAAGUUCACACUGGACACAAUGCUUUCAUUUGGCAUCCUCUGCUAUUCACAAAUGUGAAAUGGAUUGGGCAGGACACCUUGCGUUAAGUGUGGACGGAUUAUUUCAGAUUUGUCUGGCAGACUAAAAGCACCUUCCUGAGCACUUAAAUGUUCUUUUACAAAUCCGCAGCAGGCCAGAAUCUCAAUGACUGUCCCGUUUCAAAGCCUAAACUGGGUAAAAAACAAAACAAAAACGUAUACACCAAAACAUCAACAGGUCUUUUCUGCUUCAACAUUUCUUUCAAGCACACAGUGUUUCUGGUUCACCUAACCUUUCUUCUGCAGAUGGAUGUAAAUGUACGUAGCAAACGUACAUGUGCAACUUUUAUCAAAAUGAACAUUUGGGCUAAGCGCCUAAAUCGAAAGUCACUGAUCUUCAUAAGAAGAAUUCCUUGCCUGUUCCAUGUUCAGGCUAUUUGUUUUUGAAUAUUGAGUGGCUUGUUCUAGACCCAAAAUAAGAAACAAGGACAAAAAGACUACCUACGGUAAAUUCCACUGUUAUGGCCAACACCAGUAUGUUAUGAUUUGAAAAAGGUUAGCAGUCUUGAAGAUUUUAAGAGUCAAUUACUCCAUUUAGAGUUUAGAUUUUGGAGUACGUAUGAUCAGUUGCUGCAUGUCGCACAAUGCACGUUCCAAGUAAUGAGCAAGACGGGCUGCGUUGGUAUCAGCGCAGCUGUUGUAUGCAGAUACUGAGAAGUUUAUAUGCUCUUCCAUAGGGUUGUAACAAACGCCGUAGCCAUCAGGAACCACAGGACCAAAGCACAUAACGCAGUCUGUUUUAGCUGGAACCUGU